GCUGGUCAGCUAUCCACUACGCCGUCCAGUCCGGCAGCCUCGAAAUGGUGUCGAUGCUAUCCAACGCCAAGGCGAACUUGGUUCAGACCACCUUCGAUGGCACCUCGACGAUGCAUCUGGCAGCACGCUCUGGACUUGGGUCUAUGGUGCAGCUGCUCCACGCAGCGAGGGUGGACCUGAACGCCAAGAAUGCCAAGGGUGUCUAUGCAAUUCAAGAGGCCGCCAGGUGGGGCUGCUCGGAAGCGCUGCAGGUCAUGAUCACUUACAAAGCGGAUCCCAGAGUGAAAGAUGCGAAGGGCCGGUCUUUGCUCUGCAUUGCCGUGGCUUCCGGCCGCAACGAUGUGGUGAGGGCUCUGCUUCAACCACUUCCUGAUCCGGUCGAGCUCGUUCCCAAGGAGAACGAAAAGACCUACGUGAACAACAAGGGCAUCGCCACCAGUGACAGCAAAGAGUUGCUGGGCAAGGCCAUCGUCAUGCGCCGGCGUUUUCUUCAAGUGAAGAAGGAAAAGGCGGAAAGGUUGAAGAAGAAGCAGGAGGAUGCACUGAAGGCACAGAAGGAGGCGGAGGAGCGGGAAAGGCUGAAGGCAGAGUUGGAGGCCGCGGUGAAGGCAGACGAGGCCAAGAAGAAAGCCCGGCAAAAGGCCAAGGCUUCCAAAGAGGCCACGAAAGAGGCAUGGCAGGCUCCCGCUCCACCGGUGGAGGCAUCGCCUGUGCCUCCGCCGCCGCCGGCACCGACAGAAGGGGGAGAUGCGCCGCCUUCACAAGAGGAUCCGCCUUCUGCAGCGAAGGAGAGAGCGCCGAUGCCUUUGGACAUCGAUGCCAUCCAGGAGACUCAAGUGGAGCAGGAAGAGGCAGCCGAGGGUGAGGAGGCCUUGGAGGAGAGCGAGGAGCGGAUCGAGACCGAGGCCGAAAUUCUCUCCGAUGCAGCUGGGGGACACGGUCAGUUCAGCACAGCUGACGUCAAGGGCCGGUUGCCGGUGCAUGCCGGGGCGGUGUCCAAGCGCCUGGACACGAUGACGCUGCUUUUGGAGCUCCGCGCGAGCGUCAACGCCGUGGACAAGGAGGGCAACACGCCCCUGAUCCUGGCAGCCCGCCUGGACGACCGUUGGAUGGUCGAGGUCGUGUUGAAGUUCGGUGCAGACCCCAGUAUCAGGAACGCGGACAACGAAACCUGCUUUUCGUAUUCCACGCCGCACAUGAAGGAGAUGAUCCACCAUUGGGUCCAAACGCAGAAGUACACGCCAGACAUCGUCUUUCCGUUGCCGCCGAGUCCGCUGCAGCAGCUGUAUCGG